AUGCCUGCCUCUCUGGAAACCUGCCUCUCCGACCUCGAAUGCUCUACCAGCAGCAGCAGUAGCGAUCUGUCUGGCUUCCUCACCGACGAGGAAGACUGUGCCAGGCUCCAGCCGCCAGCUUCCGCCUCGGGACCGCCCGCGCCGCCCCGCAGAGGUGUGUCCGGGGUUCCCGUGGCGCCCGAUGUUCCAGUGGCUCAAGAAGACGAUCAGGAGAAGCGGAGGCGCCGGGGUCGGGCGCGAGUGCGCUCUGAGGCGCUGAUGCACUCGUUGCGCAGGAGCCGGCGCGUCAAAGCCAACGAUCGCGAGCGCAACCGCAUGCACAACUUAAAUGCAGCGUUGGACGCUCUGCGCAGCGUGCUGCCCUCCUUCCCCGACGACACCAAGCUCACCAAGAUCGAGACGCUGCGCUUCGCCUACAACUACAUCUGGGCUCUGGCCGAGACCCUGCGCCUAGCUGACCAGGGGUUGCCAGGAGGCAGUGCCCGGGAGCGCCUCCUGCCGCCUCAGUGUGUCCCCUGCCUGCCAGGGCCUCCGAGCCCAGCCAGUGACGCCGAGUCCUGGGGCUCCAGUGCUGCAGCCACAUCGCCACUCUCCGAUCCCAGUAGCCCCGCCGCUUCCGAAGACUUCGCCUACGGCCCUGGCGAUCCCCUUUUCUCCUUCCCUGGUUUGUCCAAAGACUUACUCCACACGACACCCUGUUUCGUCCCCUACCACUAG